AUGGCCAAAAGCGUCUUCAUCACCGGCGCCAACACGGGCAUUGGCUUCCAGAUCGUGCGUGCCCUCUAUGGCUCAUCAAAGGAGUCCUACCAAAUCCUCCUGGGUUCCCGAUCUCUCUCCAACGCACACAACGCCAUCGAAGCCGUCAAAUCCGAAUUCCCAUCGUCACCCACAAGCUCCUUGACACCCAUCCAAAUCGACAUUGAAGAUGACGACUCGAUUGCCGCCGCCUACAACGCGAUCUCGACCCAACUAGACGGCAAACUAGACGUCCUCAUCAACAAUGCCGGCGCACAACUCGAGCACGGCCUAGCACAGGGCAAAAUCGCCUCCGAACGAGAACUCUGGGAUAAAUCCUGGAGCAUCAAUACGACCAGCACACAAGUAGUGACGAGCAAAUUCGUCCCAUUGCUUCUGCAGAGCUCUGAUCCUCGACUCCUCUUCAUAACAUCCGGCACGUCUGCUUUCGCUGGAUUAGAUAAUGCCGCUCUAGCAGUGAACCAGAGCCCAGCUGAAACAGGGUGGCCAAAGACAGGGUUUAUGGGCGUGCCAGCGUAUCGAAGUGCCAAAACGGGGCUGAAUAUGUUGAUGCGUGAAUGGUAUCGGAUUCUCAAGGGAGAUGGGGUUAAGGUCUUUGCGAUUUCGCCGGGAUUUCUUGCUACGGGGUUGGGCGGGGAUACGGAGUUCUUGAAGAAGCUGGGUGCGGCGGAUCCGAGUGUUGCUGGACCGUUUAUUAGGAGUGUGGUUGAUGGGGAGAGGGAUGGGGAUGUUGGGAAGGUGUUGACUAAGGAUGGGAUUCAGGCGUGGUGA